GAUGUUGACGAAUGCAGUGCUUCUUCUCCUGUAUGUGACAGCAAUGCCAACUGCUCCAAUACUCGUGGAUCGUAUAUCUGUACCUGCAGGGCAGGAUAUACAGGCGAUGGCAAAACAUGCCAAGGUAGCUUUGAAAAUGUCAGGUUAACAAAGAGGGUUAGGGAAGUCUUUUAAUUUUACCUCUUGUGGCAACAAUGAAGAAACUUUCGUAGCAACCUUUAAUUUUAUCCGACAUGGCGGCCGUUAAGAACGGCUAUUAACAACAGCCGUCGAAUUUUUGUUUUCGCAGCCAAGUGAGAUUCUGCCUUGGGCUGUGUUUCGUACCUUCUGUACUUACUAGACUCGUUAAUAGAAAAUCAUGAAACAAAAUAGGCCAAAUGUCAACAAAUGAUGGAGAAUAGUUGAUAUGGCCUGUGUAGAACGCCAUGACCCACUUUAAUUAUACCCAAAAGGUGAAAACAGCUACAGCAAAUGCAGUAAAUUAAAGCUACAUGUAAGCCUACCGGGGUGGCCAGAAAAAAAGCUGUCCCAAACAACCUCGUAGGGGAAAAGACAAGACAUUUGGUGCGGGCAAGGCACACCUUACUUCGCUGGCUGCAUAAAAGGCCUGCACAAGUGAACAAAACUUAGAGGCUGUACAGGCUGCGCGUAGUAUUCCACAGGUUUAUUUUAUAAUAGUAAUACCACAGUUUAAUAUUACUGACUCAUAGCUGGAACUUUUGUAUAAAGCCUCAUAACCUAAGUUUUGUUAAAGCAUGGGCUUAAGUUACACGCGCGAAGAUAGAAAGUCUGAAUUUUUUUCUUAUACCAACCAAAUAAAAAUUUCACCAAUGGUCCUUUUAGAACACCCUUUGUUCUUCCCAUAGCAGUUAAGGGAUAUGUGUUCCCUUUUCAGAUGUUGACGAAUGCAGUGCUUCUUCUCCUGUAUGUGACAGCAAUGCCAACUGCUCCAAUACUCGUGGAUCGUAUAUCUGUACCUGCAGGGCAGGAUAUACAGGCGAUGGCAAAACAUGC